AUGCUGAAACGAAAGUUGCUGGCACAAAAGAUGAUGGCCGAAAGCGGCGGCGAUCUCACCAUCCCAACCUUUCCCGUGAAACUCCAGCACCUCGAUCCUAUCGAGACGAAAAAGGCCCGAGACAAACGGAGAAAACGGGACCAAGCUGCACGACGAGUCGCUGCCGAGAAAGUUCUGCUCGAAGCGACGAAGCGGAGGCAACUCCAGGCAGACGCAUCCAAGGCGUGGCACCGCAACACGACGAACGAAGAAGAGCUCCAGAUCAAGCGGUUUGAGCUCGACUGUGUAAGUCCAUUCGACGAACACCCUGCGAGCGCUGGCUACGAAUUCAAAUCGCAAUCGUUUCGAUCACUUACACCGACUUCUGUGACGUGCUUUACCCCCGUCUUCUUCGGAUAUUCCUUGGCCAAAACGUCGUCGAUGGCGCGGCCUCACGGCGCCACCCGUCAUGACGCACCACACCCCGCGUUCAUCGGCUACACACUGUGCCACCACGAUGACGCCGCGUCGAUUUCGCCAGUAUUUCUUGGAAUGGAAUUUCGAAAGCGCGAGGUUCAAUGGGGGAAAGACGACAUGGGACCAGACCUUGAAGCCACCGGCCCGACGCCGCGAUCGCGACACGCCGCCGUCGUCGAGUUGCGACGGAUCAUGGAUGCUCGAUUCAGCGACAUGGAAUGCCUUGUGUGCGAGUCGUCGCAGUUGCAGGGGUGUCCAGGAUGCUGGGAGCCCCCGUCCAACUUUUACUCCGGGCGUGACGAUCCUGAUAAUGGCCGGCAUACCACGAUGGCGUCAACUCCAGAACAAAGGACACCACUGACACCAAAUCCAAACGGAUUGCGACGUCGAGAUGGUCGUGAAACGAGCGGUGGAGCGCCAUCGAUAUGGACAUCGCAGCCUGCUCAAAUCGUAACCUCGUCCGAGGCCAAGUGGAGGCGCGACCUGCUCAUCGACAAGUAUGCGAUUCGACAGCACCGCGAAAAGAAGCAAUCGUUUGUCGUUGUCGUGAUCAAGAGGGUGCCGGCCGGCAAUGUGGUCACGUUGCAGCUCGACGCCACGAGCACCGUCAAGUACCUGUACGACUUGUACCGGUUCAACGAUGGCGCGACCGUGGACCAUGCCUGCGGCCGCCAGUUCUACCUCGUCCUCCCAACGACCCAAGGACUCUUUUGGAUGGACGAAGUUGUGCUGGCCGCGUCCGACCGCACGUUAGCUGUCACGCGGGGCGACCUAACACUGCUCGACUUUAAAUUGAACCCGACCACGGGAGCGUCGUCCAUUGCAACGUACAUGAUGUUGGCGGUGGCCACGAUCCACGACGAGAAAACUCCCGCGAUGUUGGCUCAGUACAUCAAGCACAACUUUGUCGUGGCACCGCUGCACCACGUCGCCCUAAGACGCCACGCGAACGAGGUGCCCGACGACGUGCUAGCCGAUCCAUUGCAGCAGAGCAUGAGUCGGAAACGUGCCGUGCUCGUCGAGUCGGCGCUCGUGAAUCGUCGCAUGAGCCGAGAGUACGAGCGGAUUGCAACACGGAAGGCUGUCAAAGCUGUCAGGGACGAAAAGAUGGUGGCACUGGUGGAGCGAAGCCGACACCAGACCAACCAACCUCGACCACGCAAAGUUAUCCGUGCGUAUGCAUACUUCAGCUUUGCCAUGGCCGAGCCCAAGCCGUUGCUACGACUCGCCAAGUUGUGGCAAUGCUUUCAGAAGUUUGACGAGCUCAAGAUCACGAAACGAGGCAAGCUGCUUGACGCAGCGUACUCCGACGACACUGCGUCCUUGCUAUCGCAGCACCGGUCGGCCGCCGUCGAUGCGUUCGAUGUGCUAGUGGACAAGGCGAAGCAAUCUGUUAUGCACCCCGUCUUGGCCGUGCGAGACAAGUUUGGCAUACCCCUUGGGACUCGAUAUGGCGUCACGGCCAAAGAAGACCGAGAAUACGCUGUCGAGUUGGACAUUCUUCUGCCAGAGGACGUCGACGUCAAGAUGGAAGAUCCGGCAGCAGCAUCUCCAGGCCCCCCUCGGCCCCGCCGGCACUUUCACGAUUAUUUGGCGGCCCAAACCGCGGCCGCUGUAUGGAAGGACAUGGAAUGGCGGAAAGAUGCCCGGAGUGACAAGUUUUACGGGGGGGCAGACUUGGUUGUGGCUCCGUACUGUUUGGUGCGGUGGGAUUGCUUUACCCAAGCAUAUGUACUCGCCCGAGGUCACUUGGUACGCGCCAAAGAUCAUUUGGAUGCGUACAACCGGUUGGCGAAGCCCCUGCAGACUGAAGCUAUCAUGAAACCCCACGAAAUCGAACGGUGGACUAGUGAACUGGAGUCGCUCCUGCGAGAGUUGCCUGCAACUGGCGCCUUGACCCAAGCGUGCCGGCGACUUCAAUCAAAGGCGGGGCUGUUGCCUGCUCGAGCGAAGCGAUAUCAUCAAGCCCUCAAGAAGUCGCGGGACGACGCGGCGAAAGCCCUUGCAAACCAUGACGAGUUGCCCCGGAUGUCUGGAACAGAGAAACUCAAACUCGACUUCAAACUGCGAGAGGGCAUCUUGAGCAACAACUUUCGUCAGCUAGCGCCAGACAUGGACGUGGUCAAGGAGCGCAUGGCAACGGUGAUGCGAAAUGGCAUGGGGAAGACCAAGGUCUUUGCCCAGCACGUCAAGGACAACAUUGAGAUCUUAAAGUUAUAGUGUCCAGCAACGCGUCUCGCAGCCAUUGCAAGUAACAUCGAGCCACGGCACGCUAUGCUGCACAAUGC